AUGCUGUUCGCCGGCCUUGACUUGUCGUUCCGUUCUGUUGACAGGCCAGCAUUUCAUGACUUCGUCACCCUGCUGAACCCCGACGCGGCACAGCAUCUCGGCACACGUUUCCGCCUUGCACGGGACCUGCUGUCUGCGGGCGAGUCGGCUACGGCUCAGCUUCGACAGCUGUUGACAAGGGACGGUCUGGCGGGGCGGGUGACACUCACCACGGACAUAUGGACCAGUGAGAACAACGUCGCCUUCAUGGUGGUGACUGCUCACCGAGUCACCUCGGACUUCCAGCUGCAGCAGAUGGUGAUCGACUUCCGGCCGCUGGAGGGCCGUCACACGGGGGAUAAGAUAGCGGACGAGCUGGAGCAGGUCAUAGGGCAGUGGGCAUUGGGUGGUGGUGAGUUCUUCGGCGUGACCACGGACAACGCCGAGAACAACAACCGGGCGGUUCGUCUGCUGACCGGCGUCGCUGACGACACACCCGGGUCACGUCCGCGUGUCCCCCCCCUGAUGUCCCUGUCUCGGCACUUCAGGCAGAGGGUGGCACUGCAGAGGGGGGGGGCGACGCAGGCAGAGGGGGGCAGCAGUGCGCGCAAGAGACCUGCUGACUUGCGCCUGAUCGUUGACUUGGACACGCGCUGGGGUUCCACGCUGGAGAUGGUGGUGAGGGGGUGUGAGCUGCACAUUCCUCUCACGAUGUACUUCGAUGAGUCCACCGUCCUCCCAACCCCUCUCCAUCCGUUCCCUCUCUCCCCCUCUCAGCCAAACAUCACCAAGGCCACACGCACGGUAUGGGCAGAGAUCAGGCUGUCCGAUGCUCACUUGACAGCUCUCAACGAGCUGCGGGCUUUCCUCGAGCCGUUUGACAGCAUCACCCUGUUCGUGGAGGGGUCUUUGUACCCCACCAUGGGAUCGGUCGUGCCACAGUACAAUAUGCUCCUGGAUAUUCUUGAGGGGAACAGAGUUUCGCCAGACGUCUCGCAGCUGUGCAAUGACCUCUCAAACCGGGCUUUGAGCAAGCUGGAGCGCCACAUGGGGGGGGUGAGCGAGGAGGCGGCGAUUGCCACCUUCCUCGAUCCUCGGCUCAAGACGGCAACCUUCAGGCUCAGGGCCCGGGGGGCGAGGACUAGCGCGCCCAUUGUGGUAGAGGCGGGGGGGCAUGUCAGGGGGGCCAGGACACUCGACCUGAGCGAGGAGAGGGUGAAGGCGCUCGUACGCGAGCGCCUUCCACCCUACCGACAGCGGUCCGUGCAACGGCAGAGGCACGCCUUGGUGGUGAGGUCGCGUGGCGUGCUCGACUUUCAGGCUAGGCUGCUUGCUGAGUUGGUAGAGAUGGAGGCAGAGGAGGGGGUGCGGGCACAGGACGAGGUGGACCAGUAUCUAGCUGAGGCGAGGCAGGACGGUGGGUGCGCCUUAGCGUACUGGCGCGGGAGGGAGCUGCAGCUGCCCGGGCUCAAGGCCAUGGCACUCGAUUAUCUGGGUAUCCCCGCCACGUCUGCAACGAGUGAGCGAGCGUUCAGUCAGAGCAGGGACAUCAUCUGGUGGCAGCGGCACCGUCUGAGCCCACGGCAGAUGCGUGCGGCCAUGAUGCUCAAGACUUGGCAGGAUCACCACCCUGGACAGAGGCUUGAGGUUCGUGGUGGCACUAGGACCACGCUAGCACAGCUGUGCCUUGAGGCAGAGCAGUUGGGGUUGUGA